UAGAAAUGUCAUUUGGUUGAAGCAUCGUGUGUUUGUUUACGAAUGUUUUCCGCAACAUCUUCGUGAAUCCACACUCGCUAUCAACGAAUCGCCUUCUAUGCCGGUAAUUAUACGCGCCCGAUGCGUGUACUUAACGCUUCCGCUAUCGUAAUCCAUUCCUUGGCAAAGCGCUCUAUCUGACCAUCGAUGAAUCGUUACUUAAUCAACCUAUCCUACAUCGGCACUCGGUUUCGUGGCAUUCAGCGCAAAAUCGACAAAUCUGCCGGUCAGUUUAAGGAUCCACAUACAGUGCAAGGAGUGAUCGAGGAGGCUUUGCUAAAGUUACGGCCCGUCAAUGAACCAUUGCUGAAGCUGUCGAGUCGAACGGACACGGGCGUGCAUGCGCUGCACAAUACCGUCCACGUAGAUUUGCAGCGCCCGAAUGGAAAACCGUACGAUAGCGAUCGCAUAACCAAAACGCUGAAUCGUGCGUUCGAAAAAGAUGGCCAAUCUUUACGCAUCCUCAGUACGGUGCGUGUUCCGGCUUCUUUUCACGCACGCCUGUGCGCCAAAUCGCGUACGUACCUUUACCGGUUGGCGGUGCUGAAGAGGGAGUAUGCCCGUGAGUCCGGCCGGCAGCAGCAUCCGCACGCACGCUUCAUUCCGAUCGAGGAGCACGAUCGCUGCUACUUUUUAGGACACUCGGAGUUUGAUAUAAACGCGUUUGCUAGCGUUGCUCGGAUGUUUGAAGGGAUGCAUGACUUUCGCACGUUCAUGGCCGUUGCUAAGGGCAACCCAAGACAGCAGGAAGCGAUGCAUUCGCUGAGACGCAUCGACCAGAUCACGGUUGAAAGGGGACACACGAUGACGGCGGCUUUUAAUAGGGAACGGACUGAGCACUACUAUGACUUUUGGGACGUACGGAUACGGGGACGAUCGUUUCUGUACCGUCAGGUGAGGCGCAUGGUUGGUGCUUGGGUGGCUGCAGCGGAAGGGCGAAUUACCGAGCGGGACAUUUAUCGCAUGCUAACCGUGCCGUCGCAGAACUCCUGGUGCAGCAACGUAUUUGUAGCGCCCGCGUACGCACUCUACCUUUGCCACGUCGAGUACGACCCGAUUGAUCUUGCGUUUCCCGCCGCAGCCGACGAGAGCAACGAUGGCCAGCUUUCUCGAGCAAUUGCGCAACCGUAAAACGGAGCUGCAGCGCACAGAAACCACCGUUACGUACAUGGAUGGUAGCCGUAAGAUAUUCCGCAACAAUUGCGAAAUCGAUGCCCCGCCCCGGCUGGGCUUCAUCGUGGACAACAGUCCCGAUCAGGUGCCGGCCUGUAUCGUUUCGCAAUUUCUGUACCUGGGUUCGCAGGACUGCGUGCGACCGGAGGUGCUCGAGAAGUACGGCAUCACACACGUGCUCAGCGUUGGCAUAGAAACGCCACCGUUCGACGAGUGGCGAACAGAAGGCGAACAGCAACAGUCCCGGAUAGAAAGCCGGUUUGUCGAGUGCUUGGAUCUUCCGGAAACGAAUCUGGCCGAGGUGCUGGUCAAAACGAACGCCUUCAUAGACGGCUGCAGGGCGUGCGGGGGGCGCGUACUGGUGCACUGCAAUGCCGGCGUGUCUAGGUCGACGUCGGUGGUUGUGGGCUACCUGAUGGAGCGGUGUGAUCAAUCGUUCAUGCAGGCAUUCGGAACGGUCAAGAGCAAGAGACCAUGCGUGCAACCAAAUGCUGGUUUUAUUAAACAACUGAAGCAAUUGCAAUCAUAAACUGUUGUGUAUCCAGUUCGAUCGAUAUUUGUGUAGGUGAAUGGCGAAGAAAACAUUUCGCCAUAAUUGAACUUAACGCUAGUCCAUACGGUUUGCAUGAAAACGAAACGGACGAAUACACGUGUUAGAUAGCACAAAAAUACACAAACUAUUAUAUGUAUAAUUAAAUGUAAUGGUGUUAUACAUAAAA